GCUGCUGCUGUCGCUGCUGCUGCACUGGGGGGCCGCCGGCGGAGCUCAGCGUCCCGCUCGCUGGUGCAAUAGGACAGCUCAGCGCGGCUAGCAGAGGAGCAGGCGGAGAACCCGGGGGUGGGGGGGGGCAAGUUACCAGGCUUCCCGCAGCUGGAGUCUGUCCCUGGCUGGGCACUGGCCCGUCCCCCGGCUGCUGAAGGACUGAACGCACCUCGCUGCCACCCCCAAACAGAUGUGAGCGAGCCUGGAGAACUGAACCCCAGCUCGCAAUCAACAGUGUCCUCCUCUCCGCCGCAGCACCAGAGAGGGUGAAAUAUGUGGCAGCCGGCAACCGAGAGACUGCAGCAUUUUCAGACCAUGUUGAAGACCAAGUUGAAUGUCCUAACUCUUCGGAAAGAGCCUCUUCCUACAGUGAUCUUCCAUGAGCCAGAAGCCAUUGAGCUGUGCACCACAACUCCAUUAAUGAAGACCCGGGCCCACACUGGAUGCAAGGUUACAUAUUUGGGUAAGGUGUCCACAACAGGGAUGCAAUUUUUAUCAGGCUGCACAGAAAAACCUGUCAUUGAAUUAUGGAAGAAGCACACACUAGCCAGGGAGGACGUCUUCCCAGCCAAUGCCCUUCUGGAAAUCCGCCCCUUCCAAGUCUGGCUUCAUCACCUGGACCACAAAGGCGAAGCCACAGUCCACAUGGAUACCUUUCAGGUGGCACGUAUAGCCUACUGCACUGCCGACCACAACGUCAGCCCAAACAUCUUUGCUUGGGUUUACAGGGAGAUCAACGAUGACUUGUCCUAUCAGAUGGACUGCCAUGCUGUAGAGUGUGAGAGCAAGCUGGAGGCCAAGAAGCUGGCUCAUGCCAUGAUGGAGGCCUUUAAGAAGACUUUCCACAGCAUGAAGAGUGAUGGCCGGAUCCACAGGAAUAGCUCAUCUGAGGAAGUGUCUCAUGAAUUCGAAUCUGAUGAUGGCUGACUCAACUCAUUGAUGGUACAGCAAGGGCAGAAAUUGCCUAGGGAAUAGGAGCUGAUAGAUGAAUAAGCAACAACUGAUAUCUGGAAUUAAAAGACGGCCAAACACUCGGCUCACCAGCUUUUUAAAUCAAAAGAGCAAAUCAGUACCUAAAGAUAUGCAUCAUUAAAGUAAUUAUGUUACAUUGAAAUCUGCUGCUGUUGUAAAUGUGAGAAAAAGCUUCCCCCUUUCCCGCCCUCUCACCCCAUUUUACCUCCCCAACCCAUGCACCAUCUAAUGUUUAUAGCCUAGUAUAGUUCAGGUGUACAAUCUGAAGUUGAUUCAGUCCAGUUUGCCUUAUGAAAUCCAUCAAGCAAUUUUAAUAGUAGAUUCUCUGGGAUUCAUAGCUCGGAUCUGAUGCUGCUAUGCAGCAGCAAGUGGAAAAGGGAGCCCCUUGGUUCAGAAAAACGAAUCCCUUUCAAUGUCCUAUUGCAAAAUCCUUUGACCUUACCUAGGCUGAAACAGCCAUUCAUAAGCUUUUUGACAAAUGGCCUGACAUUCUGCAGUUUAUUCACAUUUCAUAAUUUUUUAAAAAGAUGCUUAUAUUUACACAUUAUAUCAUAUGCUAUCCUUUAUUUUAUUCAUUUUGUCUAUUUUCUUAAUGUACCUGCAGCUACUCAUCUCCCACCAAGCACCAUUAAAUACAAUUUCCAGGAUACCAAAAAGGGAAAAAAAAAUCCAUGAUGGCUGGUAAUACAGUGAACCAGCUCCAUUAUUUCUGCUGAGAGUUGAGUGACAUGUUGCUAAGACCCGUGGUCUUUCACCAGUUGAACUGGGACUUAUGAUCCACCUCAGAUCUGAAGUUAUACGAACAUGGUAGCCUUAACUCCACAGUAGUCUCCAUCACCAACCUAGUAUAUAUAAUUUGAUGUAGCUGGUACUCCUGGGUCACAAAAGCCAGGGGUGUGUUACCAUAAUAGCAAAGUGUCUCUGACAAUUAAAGGCACUAGUCCUUUUAGAGUCAGGUUUGAAAUGAUUGGUUUGUACUGAAAUGAUUGAGAAGUUCACAUUAAGAUAUCCUGCACUUUUUCUGGUCCACGGACAAAAAGGUUCAUAACUUUUGUAAAGGCAGAAAAAAAAAUCAAAUAAAAACAAAACUUUUGGUUCACUAAAUGUUUUUAAGGCCAAGAGCAGAUGAAUAGUUUGCAGGGAAUGCUGCUCCUUGUUCGUAAUCAUGGUAAUGGUAGGGGCACUAGGGCACCUUACAGAAGCCUUAAAAGAAAGCUAUGUGUCUGUGUUUUAUGUGUGUAUAUAUACACAUUGUGUGAGAGAGCAUAUGUAUGCCUGUGUUAAAGCAUGUAGAUUGAGCAUGGAGACAUGUUGAGGAGGACCCACGGCUCUUGAAAAUAUGCUUGUUGCUUUCCAAUGUAUGUAAACUAUUCUCCAGCAUAAAUACAUUCAUACUUUAAUAAAAAAUAUGUUUGAGUUAAA